AUGUCACAGUUAUAUUACCGGAAAACUGACAGUUCCUCAUACAGGGAUCGCAUCCCCCUGCGGAUUGUGCGGGCAGAGCCUGAGCUCUCUGCCAUGGAGAAAGCCUACUUAGGGGCUGUUGAGAGGGGGGACUAUGCCAGUGUGAAGCAGGCGCUGGAGGAGGCUGAGAUCUACUUCAGGAUCAACAUCAACUGCAUCGAUUCCCUGGGACGCACGGCCCUCCUCAUCGCCAUCGAGAACGAGAAUCUAGAGAUCAUAGAGCUGCUCCUCAGCUAUAAUGUGUACGUGGGUGAUGCCCUGCUCCACGCUAUCCGCAAGGAAGUGGUGGGGGCAGUGGAGCUGCUGCUCAACCACAAGAGGCCACGUGGGGAAAAACAGGUUCCGCCAAUUUUACUGGACAAACAGUUUUCAGACUUCACACCCGACAUUACUCCAAUCAUUCUUGCAGCUCACACCAACAACUAUGAGGUCAUCAAGCUUCUCCUGCAGCGAGGUGUUUCCAUACCCCAGCCGCACGCUGUGCGGUGCAACUGUGUGGAGUGUGUGUCCAGCUCAGACGUGGACAGCCUGCGCCACUCGCGCUCGCGUCUGAACAUCUACAAGGCCCUGGCCAGCCCGUCCCUCAUCGCCCUCUCCAGCGAGGACCCCUUCCUCACCGCGUUUCAGCUCAGCUGGGAGCUGAAGGAGCUCAGCACAGUGGAGAAUGAGUUCAAGGCAGAGUACGAGGAACUGUCACGCAUGUGUAAACAGUUUGCGAAGGACCUGUUGGACCAGACCAGAAGCUCCAAGGAACUGGAAAUAAUCCUCAACUACCGCGAUGACAUCAACCCUCUGCUUGAUGAGAACACUAACGACCUGGCCCGGCUGAAGCUGGCCAUCAAAUAUUGUCAAAAAGAGUUUGUUGCUCAGCCUAACUGCCAGCAGCUCCUGGCCUCCCGCUGGUAUGAUGAAUUCCCGGGAUGGAGGAGGCGUCACUGGGCUGGGAAGCUUGUCACCUGCAUCUUCAUUGGCUUCUUAUUUCCAUUGUUAUCCAUCUGCUACUUGAUCUCUCCAAAGAGCCGCUAUGGACUAUUUAUUCGUAAGCCCUUCAUCAAGUUCAUCUGUCACACGGCUUCUUACCUGACCUUCCUCUUCCUGCUCUUCUUGGCCUCGCAGCAUAUUGACUCUGCAGACUCAGACUUUCCAUCACAGGACAUGCAGGGCCCAAUGCCCACCUCAGUAGAGUGGAUGAUCCUCCCCUGGGUGAUUGGAUUUAUUUGGACUGAAAUCAAACAAAUGUGGGACAGUGGUUUUGAAGACUACAUGGAUGACUGGUGGAACAUAAUGGACUUCAUAAUGAACUCUUUGUAUCUUGCAACCAUUUCUCUCAAGUUUGUUGCCUACAUAAAGUACCAUGGACCAAAAUCCAGGGACAUCUGGGAAACAUGGCACCCAACUCUGGUGGCUGAGGCCUUGUUUGCAAUCGCCAACAUCUUCAGCUCCCUGCGCCUCAUCUGUCUCUUCACUGCCAACUCCCACUUGGGUCCUCUACAGAUUUCACUGGGCCGCAUGCUUCUGGACAUCCUCAAGUUCCUGUUCAUCUACUGCCUGGUGCUGCUAGCGUUUGCCAAUGGCCUCAACCAGCUGUACUUUUACUAUGCAACAGAGGGGGAAAAUAACUGCAAGGGCAUCCGCUGCAAUCAGCAAAACAACGCCUUUUCAACGCAAACACUGCAGUCAUUAUUCUGGUCCAUAUUUGGCCUGAUAUCCCUCUAUGUCACCAAUGUGAAGCCACACCAUCAGUUCACAGAGUUUGUAGGCUCAACCAUGUUUGGAACUUAUAACAUCAUCUCCCUGGUGGUGCUUCUAAACAUGUUAAUAGCCAUGAUGAACAAUUCCUAUCAGCAUAUAGCCGAUCAUGCAGAUAUAGAGUGGAAAUUUGCCAGAACAAAAUUAUGGAUGAGUUAUUUUGAAGAAGGGGGAACGUUACCAUCUCCAUUUAAUAUAGUACCCAGUCCAAAGUCGGUAUAUUAUCUAAUUGGAUGGAUAAAGACAAAUUUGUUCAAGAGACCAAGCAAUAAAACACUUGAAACGUUUGAGAGUUUGGGGAGACGUGCAGCUGAAAAUGUCAGAUCAAGCCACGAGUAUCAGGAAGUUUUAAAGAAUCUUGUGAAGAGGUAUGUGGCUGCGAUGAUUAGAGAUGCCAAAACGGAGGAAGGAUUAACUGAGGAAAAUUUCAAGGAGCUCAAACAGGAUAUCUCCAGUUUUCGCUAUGAGGUUCUGGGAAUGAUGAAAGCUAAACCCCAGUUUGGGGUAUCGGGUCAAGUUGCCAGCUCCACCUUGGCUUAUGCUGGAAACUCCUUCAAAUAUUAUCCCAAAUUCUCCACCAAUGAGCCCCAACAUCAGCCAAACAAGUCCGAUGUGGUCACCACCACCACGGCCACCCUGCAAAGCAAAGCUGCCAACACAACCAGAUCCGUUCGCUUUGACAAGCCCGCUAAUGGCUCUGUGGUUUGGUCCACUAUGGAAGAGACUCAGAGCAAAAUAACAGAAGAAUCCGUAAAAGGAGGAUCCCCCAAGAGACAAGAGACACUCUCCCUUCGGAAACGUAAGGAAACAUGCUUGUUUUCAGAGGAGGAUGUGCUGAAAUCUUGUGGACAAAACCAAGACCAGCUUGAACCUAAAAAAAUAACAGCCGAGAUGGACACUGAGGAGGUGGAGCUUCCUGGCACUAUUAAGCCGGAAGAAGUGAACAAUGGUCUGAAAAAAGUUCAAAUACGUAAAAAUGAAUCUGCCUCUGAAUGAAAUACUGAAGUCAUGCCUGAAUCACAUCUACUUUUGCAUCUGCUAAAUGCAUAAACAAAAAAAUCUACCUGUCCUAGGUGUUAAGUUAAAAUUAGUCAGGAUAGGCAGUAGAUUCAUUCAGUACUCUGUGAAAAUGAUAUUACAUCCUUUUGGCUAUAUAAUGGUACAAUAAUGAUAAUAAUGAUAAUAUUGUCUUACAUUAUCUUUAAAGUGAAUCUCACUUGGGGCUCAGGGAACUGUGAAAUCUGGUGGUUAUUUUUGUUUUACUUGAGCAGUUAUCUCAAGAGUUCAGACACCCUGCUGCCAUUCCCAUUCUCUUUCACACAGAUGAGUUCUCAGACUGUCGUACACAAAAACACGAUUUCAUAAGAGUCUGCUUUUCACUGUAGUGUUUCUCCUGGUUUUCAGUUUUUCGCUUUUUUUUGUUUGUUUUUUCAUGCUAUGAUAGUUAUGCAACAUUGGAGUAAUCCAGGAAAUUACCAUUGAAUAUAGAUAUAUGCAUGCACUAGCUAAACUGAUUUAAUAUUCUAUCUGGAUAGUCCAUCUUCUGUUGAAUGAGUAAUUCAUUCAGCUUCUCGUUUACUUGGCUAGUAAUUACGGGACAUGUUUAAAGUGACAAGAAAAAUUAGACAGACAAAACAUCCAGACUAAUCAGAGUGAAAUUUGUGUCCUGAUUUCAUUCUGAGCAGAUUGUACUCAUGUCAGCUGUUACAUUUUUCAGGUUCGUGGGCCUUCCAGAAAUAUUUUCGUACUUUCAAUCCUCUAAUACUCUCAACUACUUAUGACAUGUAAUGGGCCUAAUCCGUGAUAAAAUAAAUCAAAUGUUAAUUAAAAGGGUAUCUACCAUUUGUUGUCUACAUCAUAUUUUCAUUUCAAAACGAUGAGGGAUGAACAUUAACCUCGAGGCAGUUCAGAAGAAGACAGAUGAACAGAUGGAACUAAGUGGACUUCCCCUUUAUAUCACUGCUCAAACCUCUCCUCUGUUUACUGGAGAAAAGUAUUCAGUAAAUAGUUUAUGCUUGUCCUUCUAUCAACAUGUUCCCUUUUCUCAUGUCCUGCGAGGGCCUUUAGAGGAGGCUUUUGUAGGAGUUGUUGCCCGCUCUAUUCAGCAGAAGUAUUACAACAUCUGGGCAUGAUUUGUGUUUUGUCUCCGCUGAUAGGUGUAAAUACUUUUCUCCAGUUGGUGAAAACAGUUGGUGUUUGGAAUAAAAGGUCAACUGUGCUGCUGCAACGAUGAGACAGCCAGUCGUGCACGCCAUGCGCUCAGUGCCCUCUAGUGAUUUAUGAGCAUGAAAGAAUGAAGAUGUGUGACUAUACCUUCCACUUUUUUUCUACUGACUUUUUGAAUAACUUCUGACCCAGUGGAGAACAUGCAUUGAAAGCUGGAUUCUAGUCUCAUUAUCAAUACCAGUUUAACUCCAAACUCCAUCCCCCACCCCCAUGUACAUGGACAUUGUUUAUGCUUUUAGUUGCCCUCAAAGUGUUUUUCAAACCCACAGAUGAACACCAAAGCUAUAAGCAAAUGCCAUAAAUUGCAGACAGUCUAAGAUAAUCAGGAUAACUUUCUACAGACAUAAAGAUUCAUGUCUUUCGUUUGUAGUGCUCGGAAAAACCAAAGUCAGUUCUUCUUGCCAAAGCAGCCGCACUAUCUUUAGAAAGCUAGCCAACAAAGUGUUUUGGUCUUUUUAUUAUCUCUAUAAAGCUCACUCAAGCUGUUGAAGUGUUUUCUUUUUUAAUUUUCACUUAAAAGGAGCCCACUAUGAACAUGUAAAUGAGAAACGAUUCUUGUUUAG